UCCGACGACGGGCAAAGGGCGGAGACGCGAAACAAGCAGCGAGCCAACGAAGCAGCCUCGGCACAGCACAGCACAGGCGGCGAACCUGAGAAGGAACACAGGACAGGAGUGGGCCGCAUCGCAUCGCACCGCACCGCACCCGCGUGGUGGGAUGGAGCGGGGCGGCACCGCCGCGCUCGCCUGCACCUUCCGCUCCUCCUCCUCCCCCUCUCCGGUUUCCCACUGCUCGCCUCUCCUCCGCCCCCGUAGACGCCCGCCCGCGGCCGCCGGGGCUCCUCACUUCCUCCCGCCAGCCGGCCGGCGCUUCAGCUACUGCAGUCAAAAUAGGUUUUUAGACACAAGCAAGGGGCUUAAGCGGCACUCAUUGACGACAUUCAGCCCAUUUGGGCGUCCAUCGGUUAGUCUGAACGAUGCAGAUUUAGUAAAAGAUAAGAUGCUAAUUGAUUGUGGAGAAGAGCAAGACUGUGUGCUUGAUGGGAUAGUUGCCUUGGGAAAAUUUGAUGCCCUUCACAUUGGCCACCGGGAACUAGCCAUGCAUGCUUCUAAAUCAGGAAAUCCUUUUCUUCUUUCUUUUGUUGGAAUGGCUGAAGUUCUUGGCUGGGAGUAUAGGCCUCCCAUAGUUGCUCAUUGUGAUCGGAAGCGAGUCCUUUUGUCUUGGGCUCCAUAUUGUAGAAAUGUGGUGCCUCUUGAAUAUCAAGUUGAGUUUGCAAAGGUCAGGUACCUAACUCCACGCCAGUUUGUUGAGAGGUUAUCAACGGAUCUUAGAAUAAAAGGUGUUGUAGCAGGUGAAAACUACAGAUUCGGGUACAAAGCAUCUGGUGAUGCAGCUGAGUUAGUGAAACUGUGUGAGGAAUUCGGUUUAAGUGCAUUUAUUGUACGGUCUGUCAUGGACACCGCAAAGGGAUCUUAUAAUGGAGCAACACCUGCCGUAAAUUCAAGCGAUAAAGGACAGGUGUCUUCUAGUCGUGUUCGCAAAGCUUUGUCGGUUGGUGACAUUGAAUACGUCUCCAAGUUACUUGGGAGGAAACACCGCCUUGUGCUAACUGUGACCGAAUGCCCCAUUAAGGAACGGAAAAACAUUAUAGUCCCGAAAUCUUGCAUGGUUAACAUGCCACCAGCCGAUGGAUUCUACGAGAACUGUGAGCUCUUCAAUGGAGGGUAUCUUGGACUAUGCAGGGUGGCCAUUAACGCAGAGACCAUUGAUAUCGAGAUGAAAGAUGAGAGCAGUUUGUCACCAGACAAUUUUCAAGAAGUUAAACAACUAGGUAUUGAGUUUGGGUGAUGUUGCAGCUCCUUUCGUGAUCAGCGGCUGGUCUUAGUUUGUAUACCCGGUCACCUUUUGGACAAUUUUGAGUCGAAGCCUUAGGUGGGAGUUUUUUGUUCCCUAGAUGGAGGAUAUAUGACGGAAAUGAUCAGAGGUAUGUAUUCAGCCUCAUCAAGGUUCAUCAAUCCGAAGUCCAAUUCACAGUUUGAUGGAAAGAUUAUCCUGAAGAAGAUUAGACAUUGGUGCACACAGCAAGAGAAGCACGGGCACGAAGGCGGCAUUCUUUCCUGUGGACUGGCAAAUAAAGAGUUUACUGGCUUCAAGCGGCUGUAUGUAUUGAAACCAAAGAAGAGACUCUUCUUGCAGCAUGUCUUAGUCCUAGUACAUUGUAGUCUGUACAUUUUCAAGGGGUUUUUCAGAGCCAGCCCGUUUUCUAUUGCUAUAGUUCGCAAGCAUGCUCUGUUGCAUCAAACAGUGAAGAUGAUACUUGUUUGUUAGUACUUACUAAAUUGCUUAACGAUUAAGCAGGAUUUCAUUACAACAAAAGACUUGUGUCUACCCAGGCUUCUCAAA